GAGAGAUCUGACUACUUUGAAGUUUGGAUUUUGGAGGUCUUCUCUGUGAAAACGGUUUUUCUUCUCUCUGUCGCUUUCGUUAGGGUUAUUUAGCAAAUAUUUUUGGUGCUUAAGCUUAUAUCUCACUCCAUCACCACACUGGUUCUUUGUGUUUUGUGAGGCUAUCCUGUAGUUGACAUGGUAGUUGAGGUCACGGGAUUUGAGGUGGUUCAAGGGCAAGUGGCAAACGGCGCAGCCGAACAAGACAAAUCUGUGUCGGGUGACAAGGAACAUGGGAAAUUGGUUCAAAAUUCAGUAGUUGCUGACCCCGUAAAAUUAGGGUCCAAUGGAGAUGAAUAUGCUAAAGUUCGGGGGAAUGGUGCUUUAGAUUCCAGUGUCCCAGAAGGCGCAGUUGAAGAUUGGCCUGCGCCUAAGAUGAUACACUCUUUUUAUUUUGCAAGGUGUCGGCCUUACGAUGAUCCCAACAUUAAAUCCAAAGUUGAUAAGCUUGACAAGGAGAUAAACCAGAAAAAUCAACAACGGAUUAAGCUGACCGAUACUCUAAGGGUGAAGCGGUCCGAACGGGCAGAGUUGAUUACUCAGGUUAAGUCCCUACGGGAUGAAAACAAGCAAUUUCAGAGUAUUGUGGAUGAAAAAAUAAAAGAGAUUGAACCUCUGCAGCAGGCGCUUGGCAAGCUGCGUACUGCUAACAAUGGAGGUCGAGGUGGAGGAUUAUGCUCAUCUGAGGAGGAACUGAAUGAUAUUAUAUAUAGCUUGAAAUACCGCAUGCAACACGAAAGCAUUCCGUUAACCGAGGAGAAACAAAUCCUUAGAGAAAUCAAACAGCUUGAGGGGACAAGGGAGAAAGUUAUUGCCAAUGCUGCCAUGAGGGCCAAAGUACAAGAUUCUCUUGGGCAGAAAGAAGUCAUACAGGAUCAGGUUAAGCUUAUAGGUGGGGACUUAGAUGGUGCCAAGAAAGAGAGACAAGCAAUUCGGUCCAAAAUCAAGCAACUUGAUGAUUCAGUGAAAGCCAUAGACAAGGAUAUCCAAUCUUUGCAGGAAGAACUAGCAGAUGUUACUCAGAAGAGGGAGAAGGCUUAUGAGAGUAUUCAGCAACUAAGAAAACAGCGGGAUGAAGGGAACUCUUAUUUCUUCAAAAGUCGUGCAAUUCUGAACAAAGCACGGGAGCUUGCUGCAAAGAAAGAUCUCAGUGCUAUUGAGGAACUUGCACAAACAGAGAUCGAGAAAUUUAUGUCGCUUUGGAGCAGUGACAAAGCUUUUAGGGAUGACUAUGAGAAACGACUUCUGCCAUCGUUGGAUAUGCGGCAAUUGAGUAGGGAUGGACGGAUGAGGAACCCAGAUGAAAACCCACUGCUGGAGGAACCUAAAGCUGCUGAUACUGAUGCAAAAAUGAGCUUAAAGCAGCCAAAAGAGGAGCCGAAGGCUUCUCCACAUGAAACACUGCCCACACAGAAGGUUCAGAAAGAAACCAAGAACAAAGCUAGAGAUUUGAAAUCUAAUCCGGACGGUAAGGGUUUAGAUUAUGCUGAUGAAUAUGAAUUUGAAAUACCACAAAAGGAGAACAAAGAGCCUGCAAUUGAUCCCGCAAAGUUGAAAGAAAUUAAAAGGGAAGAGGAAAUUGCAAAAGCAAAGCAGGCCUUGGAAAGGAAGAGGAAGUUAGCAGAGAAAGCUGCAGCCAAAGCAGCAGCCAGAGCACAAAAGGAAGCUGAAAAGAAGCUUAAGGAUCGUGAGAAGAAAGCAAAGAAGGGAGCUGGGGGCUCAUCAACUCUUCCCAAUCUUGAGGGACCUGCAGAUGAAGUGGCUGAGGCUACAGUGCAGGAGAAGGUUAAUGACAGCGAUGAAGGUCUUGUGCCAGUGAAGGAAAAGGUGGCAAAGGAGAGUAGUGCUAGAUACAGGAGUAAAACAAAGGUUCCUGAAGCAAUUCCAAAAGCGAUACUUAAGAGGAAAAGGUCAAAUAAUUACUGGGCAUGGGUUGCAGUUUCUGCUUUGCUAGUUCUGCUCUUCUUGGUGCUUACAUACAACCAGCUACCCUGAGAAGCUUAGGCCUAGAAGGAGCCUGUGAUCUGGCUUUCUAUGUUGGAUCAAACUCAACUUGUUUUGCCUUGUUUUCUUUUGAUGAGAAGUGGUAAAUCACCGUUUCUGACCAUAAAAUGUUUAGAUGUUAACAAAACUAACCAUAAUAUUAAUUUAAUACUUAUGAAAGAUAAAA